UCGGUACAAAACGGUAUACCGCCCAGCACUAACCGAGGUAAUMUUUUUUACCUACAGAUAUUUUUAUUCCAAUUUUGAAGAACACCUUUGCUGUAAGUGCCUGUCACUUUCAGACCCUACGUCUGUGGAGCAGAGAUUCUGAGUCGACACUGUAUGUACUGAGCUACUCCAAGGCUUUAAACAUCUGUGGUCUUACGAAGGGAGAGACAGCGCUGAUUAGCAUGGCUAAGUAUAGCUCUAAUAAUAGACCACAUGCAGAGAGAGGAGAGGGCGAGGAAGAGAAGACAACUCAAAGUCAAAACAUUUGACUCAACAACAACACACAAAGACCAAAUUAUGAACCACAACACACUGAAAGAUGCAGUGUUUGUGGAUUUUAAGAUUGCGCAUCUUUAAAAUGCUUAAAUGAGCUAAACUGAACAAAAAGCAAUGCACAUGGAGCAAACACAACACCUAUYAGGGAAGAACAUGAAUUCACACAGCUAAUAUUUGAUGAUCUUAGGAAUAACUCUCACCUUGCUCUGUGCUGACUUCUCAGUCUGGGAUUUCUGACAACUGCGCUGUCAAAUAAAUGACACCACCGGUGCUGUAAAUAGCUCCUUUAAGGAUGAUGAAAGCACAUUUAACCUCUUAUGUGGCUCAAGGGAGUCCCUCACGGACACACUGCUGUCCUGAAAUCACUACAACACACACAGCAACGAGUAUUUCGGCAACAUUACACAGACACAGAUAAUAAAAGCACGAGUCUGAACUGCAGUUUGGGUGGUCUUUAACUGUCAGUUGCACGGAGCAGAGGGUCAGCUGUCGUUGAAGGGACUGUACAGACACCCUCAGCCAAGGUGGCGCACCAGGAUCUUUGCCAACAGGUGUCGACGGAUCGCACACAUGGGCUUUGCAUGCCAGUGGAUGAGCCAUGAACCUGAGCUUGAUGCUCGCAUUGAUUCUCCUUAUUCACUCUUAUUCAGCCUUGGGAGGCAGAGCUCAGCGCAGACAGAGACAAGCUGAUGAGAGGCUGAGACCGUACAUCGGCAGAGUGGAACCAGAAAAGCUUUGUGAGUUGCUGAGUUGUUAUAGUCCGAUGGGAUCAUGGUGCCAAGUUGUUCAAGAAAAUGGAGUCCUGCAACCAAAAUGUGUUUGUCCUCACUCUUGUCCACGGCAGAGGGCACCAGUGUGUAGCGUUCUGGGAAAAACCUAUGAGAAUGAAUGUUUGCUUCACAAAGAAGCCUGCAGAAAGAGACGUCGCAUCGGCCUGGCUCACUCAGGACACUGUCUGGUUCCCAAGAGUAAAUGCACCGAGGAGGAGUUAGGCCAGUUUCCCUACCGUCUCCUGGACUGGUUUUUGCUCCUGAGUCGAAUGGGAGCAUCCUACACACCUGCAGCCGUGCCCCAAAGCUGCCUCAGCCACACCCAAAGGAUCCAGCUGGCGAAGCAAAGAUUUCUGUUAUUGGACAAGAACAAAGAUGGCGUGUUGAGCCGCAGAGACCUGAGAAAGCUGUAUUACAAGAAGAUGCCUCUGGAGCACUGUGCUACGCCAUUUUUCCAGUCAUGUGACCGUAACAUGAACAAGAAGGUGACCCUGAGAGAGUGGGCAGGAUGUCUAGUGGAUCGCUCCGAAACAUGGUUCUAUCACUUCAUGUCAGUGAAAAUGGGCUCCCACAAGCUGUGUCCUACAAUCAAAGAAAAACACGAACUCCUGCGUCUCUUUUGAACUCGGACCGAAACUGCAGGGAACUCUGCGCACGCCGCUCACUUGUGUCUUCCACUGCUGGUGCUUUUGCGCUUUGUGACACCUUCUGAUCUGCAGGUCCGGUCGCUGUUGUCUGUGUGCUCACAUCUGUGCUGAAACAAGACAAUUAAACAUCGGCACAGGCCUGCUGCCAACUGCAUUUACUGCUAA